GUCUAUAUUCAGGACGAAGUAAUCCCAGGAAAGGAAGAACAGCAGAUCAAGAUGUGUAGCUCUGUGGCUGCCAAGUUGUGGUUCUUGACAGAUCGUCGAAUCAGGGAAGACUAUCCCCAAAAAGAGAUCUUACGAGCGUUAAAGGCCAAAUGUUGUGAGGAGGAACUGGACUUUAGGGCUGUGGUGAUGGAUGAGUUGGUGCUAACAGUUGAACAAGGAAACCUGGGUCUGCGUAUCAAUGGAGAACUAAUCACUGCCUACCCGCAGGUGGUGGUAGUGAGAGUACCAACCCCUUGGGUGCAGAGUGACAGUGACAUCACUGUUCUGCGCCACCUGGAGAAGAUGGGAUGCAGGCUGAUGAACCGACCUCAAGCCAUCCUGAACUGUGUUAAUAAGUUCUGGACGUUUCAAGAGUUGGCAGGUCAUGGUGUUCCUCUGCCAGAUACUUUUUCUUAUGGUGGUCAUGAAAAUUUUGCUAAAAUGAUUGAUGAAGCAGAAGUACUGGAGUUCCCAAUGGUAGUGAAGAAUACACGGGGUCAUAGAGGCAAAGCGGUUUUCUUGGCUCGAGAUAAGCACCAUUUGGCUGAUCUAAGUCAUCUUAUUCGCCAUGAAGCUCCAUACCUGUUCCAGAAGUAUGUUAAAGAGUCUCAUGGAAGGGAUGUACGUGUCAUUGUUGUGGGAGGCCGUGUGGUUGGCACCAUGUUACGCUGUUCUACAGAUGGGAGGAUGCAGAGCAACUGCUCACUAGGUGGUGUUGGAAUGAUGUGCUCAUUGAGUGAACAAGGGAAGCAGCUAGCUAUCCAGGUGUCUAAUAUCCUAGGAAUGGAUGUGUGCGGCAUUGACCUGUUGAUGAAAGAUGACGGCUCCUUCUGUGUCUGCGAGGCCAAUGCAAAUGUAGGUUUCAUCGCCUUUGAUAAGGCUUGUAAUCUAGAUGUAGCUGGUAUCAUUGCGGACUAUGCCGCCUCCCUUCUGCCCUCUGGCCGGCUCACCCAGCGUAUGUCCCUGCUCUCCGUGGUGUCCACGGCCAGUGAGACUAGUGAGCCGGAGUUGGGUCCCCCAGCCAACACUGCUGUCGACAACAUGAGCGCAAGUUCCAGCUCUGUUGACAGCGACCCUGAAACCACCGAGCGAGAGCUGCUCACCAAGCUCCCAGGGGGCCUAUUCAACAUGAACCAACUGCUAGCCAAUGAAAUCAAACUCCUGGUGGAGUGAUUCCACCGGUAAAUAAUUAACCAACAAAACCCUUGUAAAACUUUAUUUUUCUUCUUUCCUUUUUUUCUUUCUUUUUUCUUUCUUUUUUAAACCAACUUGCAAUGCUGUUCAUGAAAAAUGCUCAGGAAGAUGAGAAAAUUGAGUAGGAGUAGUUAGGAGGGAAGAAAUGGGAGAUAGACAUGAUCUCUGCUAUUAAGAUGUUACUUUUAUUUACAAAUGCUACAGAUAGAGAGGCAGAAGAGGUGAGAGAGAAAAAUGUCAGACUCUUUUAAGUUACUCAGCAAUGUUUAGGCUCUCAGGCCAUGAAGAUCAUAAUUUUUCUGAUGGUCCCUUUUGUUUUUGUACAGUUGGUACAAAUUUCACAGGAGUGUAAUUUCAUAUUGUGUUUUAAUGGAUGAGGUAAACAUUCACCUAAAUUAUAAUUUUUCAUUUUUUAAAAAUCUGAAAAUUCAGCCUAUACACUAUUAACUAGUAGCUUUAUCUUCAUAUUUAUGAAAUCCUGAGGGACUCUCUUAGCGACUUUUUUCAACCCUGAAAUGGGUGGGAGGGCAACGUGAGUGUGACCCAAUAAAAAUUUCCUUUAAUGACAAAAUUGGCAUGUUUGCAUGAUAAAAGGGAAAUGAACAGUAUUGCAAUGUCUGGCACACAAAAUAACAUUUACUCCAUUGUAGAUAAAAUUGCACUAGUUAAAAAUA